AACCCGAAAGAGAUCAAGUAACUCUUACCUUUAAGCAGUUAAAGCGUUCAGUUACCAGAGGAAUGCUUUGAAUAAAUAGCUGGACAUCGUCCGUAAAACGAGUCAGAAUAAGCCCAGUUCAAAUGGCCGCUAAGGACAGUUUCACAGAUGGCUGUGUGCAGGCCGGGGGGGCAUUGCUUCACUUUUUUAUGGUUUUUACCUGUGUCUUCAUCGGUGUGUCUUUGGCUAAAUUUUUUCUCGAUCAUUUUCCAAAGAGCGACAGAAACAAAGAUCGCAGGACACAGCGUCGAUUGCCGCCCGGACCGAGGGGCUGGCCGAUUCUUGGUCAUCUGCCAUACCUGGGCUCUCACCCUCACCAGGUGUUAGCGAGAUGGAGGGAGAAUUACGGAGACAUUUAUAGAAUACGCAUGGGAAGCAAAACUGUCGUUGUGGUGAACGGGCUGGCUGCUACGCGACACGUUCUGCUAGACAGACGCGGAGAGUUUGACGGCCGGGCAAGCCUCCUUAGCUUCAGUAGUAUCUGUGACGGGGCAUCCCUGACAAAUAACCGCGACUAUGGAGUAAGUGACGUCCAAAGAAAAAUCGCAGUCCGUGCCUUAAACGCUGUUAUGAAGGACAAACAAAAUCUUGAGGAACUGAUAAGUAAACAAGCCGAUAAUUUGGUGAAAAACAUUUUGAAAAACGAAGAAAGACCAUACGACCCUGCGUCUGACUUUUUAACUGCUGUAAGUUCGGUGAUUUUCGCGCUUGUCUUUGGGUGUGGCCGAGCUGGAAAUUUAGAUGAACAAUUUAUGAAUAUGUUAAAAUCUGUAAGAAAUUUUACUGAUUUUUGCAAAGCUGGAAAUCCAGCCGAUUUUUUCCCGUGGCUUGAACCAUUUAUGCGGGAGCGAAUGAGGAAGUUUAAAGCCAUGGCUGACAUGUUGCCUCGUAUCUGCCAUCGUCUGUUGCAGGAACGAUGGUUAACUUCUUACACACCGACGCUGUCGCAUAUAACCCCUCCCCGUGACGUUAUGGACGUCUUAAUCAAUUACGUUACAACAUCAUCUGACGCCAGACGAACAAAAAAGCUCGCUGACGCCCACGUGUUUAAUUUACUAUCUGACAUAGUAGGUGCUGGGUUCCAUACAACAUCCACCGCCCUCAACUGGGUGACGCUCUGUCUGGUCGCCUUUCAGGACGCUCAGCGGAAGGCGCAGAUAGAGAUCGAUUCCGUGAUCGGAAAAUCGCGAGAGCCUCGCACCGACGACAUGGACAAGACGCCUUACGUCAUGGCGAUGAUUCACGAGGUACUUCGUUUCCGACCGGUCUUGCCUCUGAGUCUCCCCAGGGCUACGACCAGAGAGGUGGUCCUCGGUGAAUUCUAUAUCCCCGAUGAUACAAUGGUCUUAAUCAAUUACUGGUCUGUAUGUCACGAUAGUAGCGUCUGGACUGACCCGGACCUUUUCAAACCUGAACGCUUUCUGCGGACAGACGCCGCUGGACGGACGACCAUUGAUAAUGAACUCAAAGAACGCGCGACGACAUUUUCUGUUGGAAAACGUAAAUGCUUGGGUUAUGCCUUGGCGCUGAAGGAACUUUUCAUAAUGGUCACGGCACUGUUACAAAAGACGUAUAUUUUACCAGAAGAGGGGGAAGAUUAUGAGGAAGCUCUGAAAGGAGAGUUCGGUUUGGCUAUGACUCCAAAGCCUUAUAAAGUAAGGUUUUGUCAAAGAUCGUCGUUAUAAGAUGAAAAAACUGACUGCCAGUAAAAAUGUGGUCUCAGACUUGCGGGAAAAUCCGUAUCUGAAUUUAAAUUAUGUUAGCGCUUCGUAUUUAGACGGAAUUUUAUUUGUUUUUUAUUCUCUUGAAAUGGCAUUUAAUAUGAGCAAUAUUUUCCGCAUAUUACUUUGAAGAGGAACAGUAUUUCCAAUAAUUUAUAUGUUAUUUUUAAAUAAUUAAAAUAUUGCACUAAAAUGUAAAUAAUUCUAAAAAUAAUAAUAGCGCUUUAUACGUGUAUUAAGACCAAAAUUUGCAUAAUUAAUUUAAUUUAUAUUUUGUAAAAUAUGUGUUUACUACAGCGGCAGAAGUGCGGAGAGAUAACAUAAGUUUAAUGGGAAUGAUAAUUGGAAAAAUCAAUAUAAUGCAUUAUAACGCUGAUUGUGCAUAAUAGGUCCUAAUGUUUAAAUUUGUUGAUCAGUUCGUCAGGCAAA